GAAACAACUUGUAAUGAUAAAACAAGUCCGAAAUGGAGAAUGCAUUUGUUUGCCUUCUUGUGUGUGGGUGCUUUGUUUUGACAAAGUCCUCUAAUCAUGGGUCACAAUUACUCAACUGCACCGGUUGUUCUCCAAAAGGGAAUGGCAAGUACAAAUGUAACGAUUGUAUCCCAUUUAACCUUAAAGAUCCUAAUAUUUGUGCUGAAUGUUCGAGUAAUCGUCCUUUGUGUACAACUAAAUGUAACAAUGAUGUUACUCAGGAACCGGUGACUGAACCCACUUCAACAAACACUUGUGUUCAAGAUCAUGAAUCAGCGUUGAAAGGCAUGGAGAAACAGACAAUUAAAGACUGCUCGUCUGGAAGUAUAGCUGGAGCGACUAUUGGAGGAACUUUAUUUGGAUCCCUUGUUACAAUCUUUGUCUUUAUGUUUCACUACAAGAAAAAACAAAUAAGAAGUCCUGUCUCAAAAGCUUUACAAACCCCGGCAUACCAGGCAGAGAUCAUGUGUGUAAACGAAAAAUCUGGAGAGGAAGACAACACGAAGGGCAUGUACAGCGAAAUAAACGACCAAAAGUCUGUAAAAGUAUCUCAAGUAGCUCCCAUCAGGAGGAAUUGGGAUGCUCCUGGAACCAAUGAUGGUGUUUACAACCACUUGAAUGAAACAAACAGAGUGGACAGAAUUGAGUACUACGAUCACACCAGACCAGGAGCCUCAGUAUCAACACCAUCUGAUGGGUACGGCACCGUGACUGUGGAGUAUGAUGGAAAUAAUAAACAUCCAAAAGAUAAUAGAUCCAUGGCUGAUAACGAAAAAUUAUGUGAAUCAUCCCGAGCAGAUGAAUACUUUGUGCUCGAAAAAAUACAAUGAAGAAACUUCACAAACUACCAAUCAAACUUUGAACUCCAGUUUUGUCUUCAACUUUUUGGAAUCAUGAUAAACAUAUUCAUUUAAUAUGUAUAAGUUGUCAAUGUAUAAGUAGGGGAUAUCUAUGUACAAAAUGUUUUU